UGGUCCGUUACCUGCACCUGGGCAAAGAUCGCCAAUAGGACUACUUCCGCCGACCGAAUCACAAUUGGCAAGACAGCACCCGUCAGCAACUCAAGUAGGAUUGACAACGAGACCAAACAGACCUAUUCGGCCAACGGCACCCGUUAGACCGAUGGUGCAUCGACCACAUUUCCCAUUCCGGGUACCUUUUGCUAUACGACCACCACGAUAUUUACCACAACCUUUGUUGGCUCGUGUUGAUAGACGGAGAGAUCGUCUUCAACGCCGCCCUGGACGUCCUGUCAGAGUUUACUCUGCCCCAGGGAGUUCAACGUCACGUGCGGCACGCGCAGCCCGUUUGAUUCCGCAGAGGCCAUCAGGUUUCCUACCGACGUCAGCCAUUUCUGAAGGGGUUUCCCUUGAACAUCGGACGGUUACGAUUCCUGGAGCACCAAGGACACCACCAGCACAGCGUGACUUGUCCCCAGGACCGUCCCUGACAUUAGAAGACCUGGGUGCGUUAGAGAAAGCUAUUAGCCACCUUACCAUUUAAGUGUUGUGGGCAUACACAUGGGUUCUCACAUCUGAAGAAAAAAAACUCUAUGGUUGAGAUAGUCGUUUUGGGUCUAAGUAUCGUCUGAGUUUCUAGCAACAAGUUGUUUCCAGCAAGACCACAACAUGAUUUCAUGUGGGAAUGACA